GGCUCACUUAACAAUCCACUUCUAUUGAUUUAUCAUCCCUAUCAGCCUCCACCAUCGCUGCCUCAUCACGCUAUCCCCCAGCAACACCCCAGCAACAGCUUUUACACUUUACGCAGAUAAGUGCCGCCGCAAUCAUGUUGGAGGCGACCAUGAUAGUAGUCGACAACAGCGAGAGCAGUCGGAACGGAGAUUAUACACCAACUCGUUUUGAGGCUCAAGCAGAUGCGGUCUCCCUUAUCUUCUCCGCAAAAACUCAAGCCAACCCAGAAUCAUCAGUAGGCUUGAUGACUAUGGGUGGUAAGGGACCGGAGGUAUUGGUUACAUUAACCACAGAUUUUGGGAAGAUCUUGAGCGGAUUACACGACACAAAGAUCAAAGGUGGAACUCAUCUAGCGACAGGGAUCCAAGUUGCCGGUUUAGCGCUAAAGCAUCGCCAGAACAAGUCUCAACGCCAGCGGAUCAUCGUUUUUGUCGGUUCUCCUAUUGUUGAAGAUGAAAAGACUCUCACAAAGCUCGCAAAGAAGAUGAAGAAAAACAAUGUCGCAAUAGACUUCGUUAACUUCGGUGAGGUCGAAACUGACAAUACCACCAAGCUCCAAGCCUUUGUCGAUGCCAUCAACUCAGCUGAUAACUCACAUCUGGCUACUAUCCCACCUGGACCUCAUCUUCUUUCAGACCUUUUGGUUACUACCCCGAUCUUGAGCGAAGCCGGAGGUGCUUCGUCUGGAGGUGCUGGAGAGGGUGCGGGGGCUGCUACGGGAGAAGGAGCUGGGGGAUUUGACUUCGGAGUCGAUCCGAGUUUGGACCCUGAGCUGGCAUUGGCGCUCCGAAUGUCUAUGGAAGACGAGAAGGCUCGGCUGGCGAAGGAACAAAGGGAGAAGGAGGAUAAAGAAGGGAAGAAGGAGAGUGGAGAGGCUUCGGGCUCUUUAGAGGGAAUCAAGGAGGAGGACGAGAAUACCCCAUUAUUGAAGAAGGAAGGUGGGGAAGGAGGAAGUGGAAGUAAGGACGACGAUAAAAUGGAUACCGCGUGAUUAGCACGAAAGGCAGCUGUGUUGCCCGAUAAAAAACUUUU